UGAAACAUAAAUUCAAAGACAAAUAAAUAAAACGUAUAUGUAUUAAUUUAACAUAUUAUAAAAAAUAUUAAUUUUUUGAAGGAAUAUGAUGCCACAAUUCGCUUUCAAGGUAUUACAUUUUUUAUGUUAAUUUUUACAUACAUUUGUAUUUACACACAUUAAACUUGCGAGAAAUUAUUCUACGAAUGAGAAAGCUGAACGAUCUGAUAGCACAAUUAAUUUUUCUUAUGAGAGAAGACCAACUCUCGCCGUUCUAUGCGAGCUCCAUUCGUUUCGCGGAACGUUAUAUGUAUACAGUUAUACUUUGUAAUUGUUAAUGAUACAUAAAUGAUAAUUAUCGAAGGGAAAACUAGCAAAAAAGGAAAACACAAACUAAGUCCAAUCGAGUUUUUAAAUUACAAUUUCCGGUAAUUUUUCCCACUCGCUUUAAGCAGAGAUGUGAUUUUCCGACGACGAUUCGAGAUUGCUAAGAUCUCAAGAUUCUGAUCAUCUCGCAGUUAUCUAGAUUGAGAAACAGUUAGAGGAAGAGAGUCGAAUCUAACGGAAGACAUUCGCGUGCUGGUGCGUGUGUGAAACGCAUUCGGUGGAUUACUCGCGCGAUUCUUGAACUCUGACAAGAGUUGUACGACUUUAUCGCAAAACACUCCGAAUAAAAGGACGAUUCAGAAUUCAAUCAGACUUCGUGAAUAAGAACUCCCUUUGGUUUCUCUCUGAUACGAUUGAUAUAAUAAUGUAUAUUAUGUGGAGUUUCUUGAAACAUUGGCUUAUCAAAAAGAUGACUGUUUAUAUAAAUUGUAAUUUUAUUUUAUUUAGACGAUCUAAAAGUACAAUCAAUAUUUGUAGUAUGCGCACAUCAGACGAGCCGCAUCUAGAUAAGAUAAAAGUUGCGCUAUGUAUCUUUUUCUUGGAACAUCUCAUUGAUACUUACGGCGUCAUCUGAACAUUUCGUAUGCAAACACGUUCGUUGAGAACAUCGAUAAUACAUAAUAUUGUAAAAACUUCAAAUAAUAAGAAAAUCCAUAUUUGUUGCACUAUGCAUUCAAACAAGUUUUAUAUCGAAAUAAAAAUUAAUAUUUAAUAAAAAAAUACAUUUUUUUUAAAUUGUAAAAUUUCCACAAACAAAUGCACCUUUUUGUGUUCUUUUUUUAUGUGAAAAUGAACAAACAUUAAUUUUCUUUAACGUCAAUUUUUUCCAUCGAUCGUAAUGAUAGAAUAAUAUUUGAUAUUUCGUAUUAAUACGUAAUGUGAAAAAAAUGUUCAUUUAGAGAUCUUAAGUUUUUUUCUUGUGAAAUCUUGAUCACAGAUCGAUUAAUAUUAAUCCACCUAAAAAAGAGGAUCACGAUAUCGAGCGAUACAGUCAGUUUAUUUGGAAUCCGAUUGGGUGCAUGAAUAACAGGUAGUUUUCCGUAACAGAGAUAGGCCGGAGAUGCGCCUUAAACAUAUAUAAGGACGGCCGAAAAUGGUCGUCUGUAGUAAUGAAAGAGCAGAGCCUACGUUGUGAUACACUGCACGCAGAUUACAAUCGGAUGAGUAACAUCUGAUUUGUGUUAGCCAAUCUCUAUCGGUCUAUCAUUUUGCUAUUAUCAAUACUGAACACAUAAGAGAAACUCAUCCUGCACGACCUUUAAAAAGAAAACGAUCAAAUUCUAAUAUUGGAUUUUGGAAUUCUUUGUUAAUUAUAUGCAACUCCAUUUAUUCAUAUUAAUUGCGAAGUAAUGAUAAAUAUGACUGUCGGUCUGAAGUUAAUGAAAUUUAAUCGCCGUAUUCGGCAGAAUUUAAACAUGCGUAAAUAUGUGAGUGAUCAGCUUCUCGCGGACGGUGAGGUGAAAAAAUCGAGAAUACCGUUGAACAUUGAUACCAACAUGCUGAAAAUCGGUUUCCUUGGAGGUGGAAAAAUGGCCCAAGCGCUCGCCAAGGGUUUCAUACGGAUAGGUUUAAGCAAAGGUGAAAUGAUGCUGGCCAGUUGUCUUCCUAAUGACACCGGAAGCAUCGAGGCUUUUAAGGAAAUGGGAUCAAAUACUGUUUUUACGAACGUACCUGUUAUCGAUUACGGCGAUGUAUUGAUUCUGUCGGUGAAGCCGCAAGUUGUACCGAAAGUUUUGCCAGAGUUCAGGACACACGACAAUAAGAAGUUACUCAUCUCCAUCGCCAUGGGCAUCUCCCUGGAAUCAUUAGAAAAGGCGCUGCCAAAAGAGACUCCCGUGAUGAGAGUAAUGCCAAAUACACCUGCAUUAGUUGGUUGCGGCGCCACAGUAUUUGCGCGUGGAAAAUAUGCGAGCGAUAAGGAUGCUGAGGUCACGGAGAAACUGUUUUCUGCCGUAGGCAUCUGCGAAGAGGUCCCGGAAAGUUUCAUCGAUCCCGUGACCGCCUUGGCUAGUUCUGGUCCUGCCUAUAUAUAUAUGGUAAUCGAAGCGAUGGCCGAUGGUGGAGUCAAAAUGGGACUACCCAGACCCAUUGCAUAUAAGCUUGCUGCGCAAACUGUCUUAGGCGCCGGUACCAUGGUUCGUGAGACAAAUCUUCAUCCAGGGCAGCUCAAGGACGAUGUGACUUCACCAGCAGGCUGCACCAUAACUGGUACUCAUCAAUUAGAGAAGCAUGGCUUAAGAUCGGCACUAAUCACCGCUAUAGAGGCAGCGACGCUUCGAUGUAGAGAAAUUUCGCAGGCAAAGAAAAACUAGUGAUGACAAUUAUAUUGUUAUUAUAAUAACAUUUUAAAGAGAACGAUGUUAAUGUUACAGAUAUCUACCAAAUGAAGUGAGAUGAUUAUGAGACUCAAAUCUUAACUAGAUUUAAAUGGUAAUGAAGAUACCUCUAUUUAAUUAAAAAGGUAUAUCAGGAUUAUUAAAUGUUCAAACAACAUGCAUUACUUUGAUAACUAUUAUAAUUAACAAAGAAAUAACUUUGUGAUAAUUUGAAAUUCCAAGAAAUGUCUAAUAUAUUCUAAGAUUAUAGAUUAUUAAACUUCAUUUGUAGUUUUAGAUACUGCUGUUGUCUCUCUAAAAGUUUAUAACGUCAAUAUAAAAAUUUUAUAAAUAAUUAUUUUAAGUGUUAGCAGAUUGUCUUUUAGCAGUAAUUUAGCUUUAACAGAAAAUUGAAAAUAUAGAUCUGGUAUUAAAUAACAAACGCGCAUAUUGAAGUUUGUAGUUUUUACAAAAUAAUUACAUUUUGGAUUGUAUUUAUAAAGCAAAGGUUAUCAUUCUUUUAUAAAUUUAGAUGUUUAUAUAAUUAUUAAGAAAUUAUCUUAAGUAAUUGGCCUAAAUAAGACUGAUAUUUAAAUUAUCAAAAAAACUGAAAAGCUUUAUAUAUAUUCUUUUUACAUUUGUAUAAAUGUUUCUAAUUUAUUACAAAUAAUUUUUAAUUGUAUAGAUUUUGAUUAAUAUAUUAUUAUCAAGUGUAUAUUAUUUGAAUUGACAUUCUGCUUAGUUAAAAAAAAAUUUCUAUGGUAGGAAUUCUGGAUAUAAAUAAUUAGAAAAUAAAAUUUAUUGUAUAAGAGAAAACAUACUUUUCUAUACAGCACAUUACACACUUAUGUACCUUGUUAUUUAACAUUUUUAAUUUUAAUGUCAAAUAAUACCAAGUGUAACAAAUUGUGUAACAAAAAAUAACUGUUAAUAAAUUUGUAAAUUCCGAUAUUGAAAA